GCCACCGUCAGGCCAAGACUCGGUACUGCAGCGGGGCUGGGCAGCGGGCUGGCAGAGCGGCCGCGGCGCUCGGUGUCGGAUGCAGGCUGCGCUCCGCAUGAUGUGUUAAGGGUCCGAGGUGAACUAGUUAGGCAGAAAUGAGUCUGACUUCCUGGUUCCUGGUGAGCAGCGGGGGGACACGUCACCGCCUUCCCAGGGAGAUGAUCUUUGUGGGGAGGGACGACUGUGAGCUGAUGCUGCAGUCUCGCAGUGUGGACAAACAGCAUGCCGUCAUCAACUAUGAGCCAAACACAGAUGAGCAUAAAGUGAAGGACCUUGGCAGCCUGAAUGGAACAUUUGUCAACGACAUCAGAAUUCAGGAACAAGUCUACGUCACGCUGAAAAUAGAAGACAAGCUGAGGUUUGGAUACGAUACCAACCUGUUUACGGUGGUUCGAGGAGAGCUGCUCAUUCCUGAGGAGGCCCUCAAGCACGAAAAGUUGAGCAGCCAGCUUCAGCUGAACCAGAAGAAAACCACAGAGGCUGAAUCCUGCAGACCUGAGGCGAGGCCGAGUCAAACGGCAGCAGCAUCGACAUGUGAUGCAGCCACGGCCAAACCGUCUGAGUCCAGCAGGUCCGACGAGAAGACUCUGGGAGACACUGCGGUUUUGCACAGAGGAACACCUCUGUAUGGUCAGCCCGCCUGGUGGGGAGACGAAGAAGCCGAGGGGCAGCAGCAGCAGCAGCAGCAGCAGCAGGGAAGAUCCGAAGAGAAAAACUCAGAACGGAAGAGAGAAAAAGCUGAAGCUGACACCAAGAAAAGAACAGAAAUCACAAAACACAAUACCAACCAAGAGGCCAGUUACUUUGAAAUCCCAUCUAAGGACUCUUCUUCAGCACCAAAAGUGUGUGGAGAACCUUCUUCUCGAGACCAAGAUGAUGGGCCUUGUGCAGCCGCAGAGCCUUUGCACGGCCACGCCUCCUUUACCAUUGAGUUUGACCCUGGAGCUUCAGGCAAAGUGACUGUUAAAGAUCGAGUGGCAAAAGCAGGAACAGAGACUCGGCCACGGCCCAAGAGGUCAGUUGGCGAAGAGCUGAGUCCACUUCAGACCGCCAUGGUAGCAGCAGAAGUUAAAGUGGCGGACUGGCUGGCCCAGAAUGAGCUGCCGUUAACCCUAAAAGAGGCAUCUGCAGAGGAUGAUGGGGAAAGUGUGAAGAGCGAUGUUCCUGUGCAGCUGAGAAGCCUUAAAGGAAGCAAACAUGAGGACGGCACUCAGAGUGAUUCUGAAAAUGCUCUUGGGGAGCAGCGCAGAGCUGCAGCUCUGGAUGAGCGCUCAUGGGGGCUCUGGGGUGACGCCAGGACGAAAAUAAGAGAGGGGCGCGCAAACGUACCAGAGGGCCUCUUUGCAGAGGAGGACAGUCCCGCUCGCCGUCGCAAACCUUCCUCUUCCAAAGUGGCCAAAGAGUUGGUGGAGAGGCGGCGAGGCUCGGCUCCUGUUCAGCAGAACCGCAGAGACGAUUACAGCGACAGAGGAACGUACACGGUUGAGCUGGAGAAUGGAGACCGUGAAGACGACGAGGCUAGGAGACUCAUUGACAAAGUGUUUGGUGUGGACGAUCACAGUGUUUCCAGGUUAGCGAGCAACGUCCAAAAAGAGAGACCCUCCUCCCACAGAUCUGCUGCCAAGAACAGAGGACAGCCUGCAUCCUUGAAGACUGAGGCCUUGUCUGAAGAGUUGGUGGUGGGUGGUCCUCGCUGGGUGUCUCAGUGGGCGACUCUGGCUGCCAGUCAUGUCAGGACUGACCCGGAGGGAUCAGGGGGGGAGAACCAAGUCCUGCUCACAGAUGAUAGAGCUGAAAUUGGUGAAUCCAGCCGCUCAUCCUCUGGGCAUGCAGAGCGUAAGAGAAGAACCUUACCUCAGCCACCUGGUGAGCAUCUCCUGCUGGGAAGGAGGACCCUGGGAGGGGGUCCGCUUACAGAGUUGGGAGAGAAACAGGACACAGAGCUGCAGGAAAAGGAGAGCCAGGAGGAGCGGGUGGCCAGAGGGAAGGGCCAGCCUGGCCGUGGCAGUGGCGCCGUGGGAAGUCACAGCAGCAGCCCCAGUCGAUCCUCGCCGGCAAAAUCUCAGGAUAGUGGGGGGGGCAGAUCUGCUCAUUCAGGCAUGUUGGCCAAUCUGCCCCCUCGCCCUCUGACCAGCGGGGAGAAGAGAAUGGAAGAAGCUCUGAGAAGGAGAAAGGAAGAAGACAAGGCGAGGGAAAGCAGUGGGAAGUCUUUACUGAGGCAGGAGAGUUUUACUGUGGAGAGACAGACCUCCAACAUUCCCAUUGAGCUCAUACCGCGCAUCGAUGGCUCCUCGGCCUACAGAACUCAGAGCAAAGAGCCGGGCAUCGACUGCACUGCGCUGCAGAAAGACUCGGAGGCUGUGGCAGCCUUUUUGGAGACCAUCGUGUCAGACCAGGGCGACCCCCCAAGUCAGUCCAUUGAGGGCUCCAUGUCACCAGAGUCUGAUGUGGACACCACGAGCACAGUCAGCCAGGCUGAGGGAGCCAGGAAGGUGGUCCAGAAACGGCGCCCACUGACAGGACAGCAGAAAGAGAGGACAGUUGUCUGCUCAUCUAACAAGGGUUCUUCUGGGGGCAGGGAGGCUCAAGACCGCAAGAUCAAGAGCAAAGCUCCUGCCCCCCAACAGGCAGGUCGCCCAUGGACAUCCCUGGACCUCACUGAUGAUGACGUGAACUCAAACUCUCUGCUGUCAGAUCCACAGCCCACCUCCACACAGCAGCCUAGAGGUUUGGUUCCUCGAGCCCAAACUGGGACCUCAACAGCCAGCACCAAGUCCAGCCGGGCUAAGAUGAUGCAGCCCCCACCUUCUUCUGGAACCAACAAAGCCACCAAUGCCCCCAAGCCCAGGCCCACCAGGACGUCCCUGUUAAGACGAAACCGGUUAGGGGACUCCUCAGACACUGAGCCAGCUGAUCUGGACCGAAUGUCAGUGGCCUCUGAGGCGUCCACGGCCAGCUCCACCUCCAGGACAGGGAUGGCUAAAAGAGGCAUGUCCAGAAUCGAGGCUCUAGCACAGCCGAGAAGGCCAAGAGUGGGCUCCCCAUCUGCUCAGAGCGACUCUGAGGCCACAGUGACGAGGGGCCGGGGUUUGGGGACCCGCGGCUUAGCUAGUGAAUAUGCCUUCAAACAUGGGCCGAGGGGGUCCAGUUUGAGCUCAGUGUCUGGACCCAGAGCCAGAGCCAACAGCGUCUCCAAGCUUCCAGAUAAAAGCAAAGGAGGCUCCUCUUUUGCACCCGUCACACAUCCAUCUGGAACCCGAUGGCGCCGUCUUCCCAUGGAUUACGCCUCAACUUCUGAGGAUGAGUAUGGAUCCAACCGCCACACAUCCAAGCAGGGGCCAAUCCCUUCCACCAGGGUGGCCCAGUCAAGCGGGUCUGCGCCAGCAACCCCAAACCCUGCAGGCAUGGCUGCCUUAAGGCAAAAUUCCAGAGAUCAGGAUGAGUACAUGAGAGACUGGACCACACACAGCGAGGAAAUUGCCAGGAUUAGUCAAGAUUUAGCCAAAGACUUGGCCAUGUUGGCCCGAGAAAUCCAUGACGUAGCCGGAGAGAUCGACUCGGUCAGCCCUGCAGCCACUGACCCUGCAGCUCGGGUGGAAGAGGCUUUAUUUGAAGACAGCUUGGAUGGGGGUGGUGUCUUGACGGAAUCCUGUGGCAUCAUGGGAACCAACGGUCAGUCUGUGGAGCUUCGCCAGCGAGGCUUGGGCGCGCCACGCUCCCGCUCCAUCCGCAGACAAACGUGGAACAGAGAUGAUGCUCUCCUCGAUGGCCUUCUGCUGGCUUCUGUGACUCAGCUCUCCUCCAGAAUACGUCAGUCUGUGGACAAAACUACAUGCAAAAUCAGGAUCCUCUUUAAAGACAAAGACCGCAAAUGGGAGGACAUUGAGUCGAAGCUUCAGGAAGAACAUGAAUCCCUGCUGCUCAAGAGCUCCAGCAAGGAAGUUUCAUCCAUUGUUGAAGACCUGCGGAGGGUGGAGACACAGCUGGCAGUAAUUGACAUGAUGGUGGACCCCGAUGGAACACUGGAUGCCUUAUCAAAUCUGGGGCUGACCAGUCCCCUUGCUGACCAGAGGGCCGGCCCAGGAGCUCAGAUGGGGGCGUCGACAUUGGAGCCUGAAGCAGCGUCCUCCAACACAGCGCUCAAAGGACUGUUUAAAGCCCAGAGAUCAUCAGAGGCGACAGACCGAGACACACAGCCACAGUCAUCUCUUGAUCCUACAAACAGAGGGAAGGAAACCACCCCUGCAUGUAAGAACGGUUCUGAAACCUCUGAACCAUUUUGUGAUGUGAAGUCAAAAGGGUCUGUUUUUUCAUAGUAAGUUUGAGACUGAAAGGUCAGCAAUGCCCUUUCUCCAGCUGGACUUCAUGAAAGCAGGAAGAUCCUUUUUGGAUUCACAGAUUGCUGAAAGUCCGCUUAUAGUGUCAACUGCUGAGCUUUGAAAGGAGCGGCUUUUAUCAAGCCUUUGGUGUUUUUGUACUGCAGCUCAUUCUUAAUAUCCAUUUUCCCACAAAUAUUUGAUAAAGUUAAAUUGUCACGUUUAGAAUAUAUGUCAUCCUCAAAUGUUUUAAAUCUAUUUUAAAUGCUGAUGUGCACCUUUGAAUCCUUGUUUGUGACAAAAGUCAGAAACUUGCAUUAGAAAAAGUCUAAAGAAAUGUCUGUGUGCGCUGCCACAUAAUAUUAAAAGCAUACAUAUAUUUUUAUCCUUACAAUUCUUUCAGAAACAACCCUUUAAAAACGUAAAUGUAAAUGUGAGAUGAAAUCCAAUGCUUCAGACAGAAACCCAAGUGUAGCCUCAGAAAAGUAUUUUUUUUCCCAUAUAUAGACUGUCACAAGUGGCCUGACCCAAACAAUCACAGAGAGUGGAAGAAAAAGGAUCAAUUCUAGUGUUUGCACUUUCACAGAGGAAUCUCCCCAUUUCUGACGCAGAGCUCAACACUUUCUUUACACAAAAGCAGAGUUUGAGAGCAGCUGUUCCAACACAAAUGCUUCAGAAAAGUGCUUCUGAUGACAGACGUCGUGUUGCAGCAGUGUCAGACGGGGACCUCACGCCCUCCGCUGCAUGUGUUCCAUUCAAAUGCAACAGAUCAUUUGUGAUCGGCAGAGUUCCUCCAGUUGGAGUUUACACUCGAAUGUAACCAGAACUGCUGACAACAUUUUCACCAAAAAGAGCUUUAAUAUGACUGGAACUGUACUUUGUGUCGGCAUAUGGGGAUCGGUUUGUUUUGUAUAACUCUUUUUUAAUUGUUGUUGGGUUAAAUGUUGACCUUGCAAUAUGUCCUUGUUUGUCUCAUUUUCAAUAAAAUGCAUGAUGAGCUGUG